AUGGUACUUGUAAGUGUGAAGCCAAGGGGAGUUGAAACCGAUGAUGCUAUGCUUAGAGCAUUUCCAUUUUCUCUUAUGGAUAUGGCCAAGGAGUGGUUUUACAGUCUCCCAGCAGGUAGUAUUACUACAUGGACCGGUAUGAAGAAACAUUUUCUUGAGAAGUACUUUCCCGCAUCCAAGGUAGCAAAAAUAGAAAAAGAGAUAUGUGGCAUUGUUCAAAUGGCAGGUGAAACUUUGUAUAAGUAUUGGGAGCGAUACAAGAGAUUAUGUCAAAGUUGUCCACAUCACCAAAUCACGGAGCAACUUAUCAUCCAAUAUUUCUAUGAAGGACUCUUAUUAAAUGAUAGGACAAUGAUUGAUGCCGCAAGUGGUAGAGCUUUAGUUGACAAGACACCCGCAAAACCAAGAGCUUUGAUUGAGAAUAUGGCAUCCAAUUCUCAGCAGUUUUCUACCCGAGUAGAUACACUUGUUAAGAAGGUUAAUGAGGUUGGUGAAGCUUCUCAUAUGGAACAAAGGAUGUGCAAUAUGGAGAGGAUGAUGAAACAAAUUUCUGCAGUGAUUGUACCAUCGAAUGAAGGCAAUAUGGAGCACGCAAAUGUUAUGUUCCAAAAUCAGCAAAGGCCAAGAUAUGAUCCGUAUUCCAACACAUACAAUCCGGGUUGGCGAGAUCAUCCAAAUUUCAGUUACGCCAACAAUCAAGCUGCAACAAAUCCUGCUUUCAAUCAACAAGGUGGUUACCAAUUCAUGCAAAGACUACAACAAGAAACUCAAGGCACAAGUGUGGAUGAGAAAUUCACUCUUAUGAUGCAAGGGAUGCAAGAGAUUUCGAAGUCAGUGCAAGGGUUCAACCAAUUCCAGUAG